CGCCGCUGCUGCCGCCAUGUCCGAGACUGCUCCCGUCGCCGCGCCCGAUGUGGCCGCCGCUGCCGCUGUUCCGGCCAAGGCCGCCGCCACCGCCAAGAAGCCGAAGAAGGCGGCGGGCGGCUCCAAAGCCCGCAAGCCCUCGGGCCCCAGCGUCACCGAGCUGAUCACCAAGGCCGUGUCCGCCUCCAAGGAGCGCAAGGGGCUCUCCCUGGCCGCCCUUAAGAAAGCGCUAGCAGCGGGUGGUUACGACGUGGAGAAGAGUAACAGCCGCAUCAAGCUGGGGCUCAAGAGCCUCGUCAGCAAGGGCACCCUGGUGCAGACCAAGGGCACCGGCGCCUCCGGCUCUUUCAAACUGAACAAGAAGCCGGGCGAGACGAAAGAAAAAGCCCCGAAGAAGCGGGCAGCGGCAGCCAAGCCCAAGAAGCCGGCAGCCAAGAAGCCAGCGAGCACCGCCAAGAAGCCGAAGAAGGCAGCGGCAGUGAAGAAGAGCCCUAAGAAAGCCAAGAAGCCAGCGGCUGCUGCGCCUAAAAAAGCGGCUAAAAGCCCCAAAAAGGCAGCCAAGGCUGCAAAGCCCAAGAAGGCAGCGAAGAGUCCGGCUAAGGGGAAAGCGGUGAAGCCGAAGGCUGCUAAGCCUAAGGCGGCCAAGCCUAAAGCAGCCAAGACAAAGAAGGCAGCGCCUAAGAAGAAGUAAAUGAUAUUGGACAAGUCCAGUCUGCCUGGCAGACAAACCCAACGGCUCUUUUAAGAGCCACCCAAGUUUGCCAAGAAAAGAUCUGAAACGCUUAUUUUUUUUUUCUAGCAUAUUCCUAAUUCUUAUGCCUAACUUGGUUUCUUACUGUUCUCGUUUUUUUGCCGAUUAGAUUAAUGCUACCAUUGUAUGCCGUAUAUGUUCUCUACCGGUGCCGCGUACCUCCGUACCAGUGUUUACAACGGCGUGGGGAAGGUCUAGCACAGUUCAGCAACUCCCCGCAGGCGCGAGGGAAGAUUCACGCAAGUUGCGAAGAGUCAGUGCGAGCUCAACUUACGAACGCUGGACGUGCCGAGCUUACGGUGACGGCCCGGCUCCUGCGCGGCUUCCUGCGCUCAUCUCUUCCCCUUUUGGACUGCGGGGGUGAGGAGCAGCGCUCGGAUGCGCGCCCAGGAGCGCUGCUGAUUUCGAAAAGCCCGCGCUGCGCGAAGAUUGGCCCAGGCUCUCAAGGCUUUUCUGAUGCACCGGGGAUUUCGGGUUAUAUAGACGCCCCGCUUCUAACCCAACACGUACAGGCUUCCCCUGCACAGCGGAAGAGGUUAAUGAACUUCCUGUGUACGUGUUUACCUUCCCUGCUACAGUCUUUCUCGCUUCACCUAAAAUCUGUCGCCUGAAAACUCAUCACUCCCCAUGGAAAUCUCUGGGCGAAGCGGCUCCGAGCGGCACGAAUGCUUUCUGCCACCUUUUGAGCAGUCCGUGGUGCUGCCCGCCCUCGCCUGCACCUUUGGGGGAGGUGGAGGGGGGGGGGAAGGGACUUCGCGCUCCGCGGCUGCCAGGCUCGUCCCGCCCCGGGUGCCCUGGGGCUCGUUUCCGCCGCGGAGCAUCCCAGAGGCGCCGCGAGGUUGCGGCAGAAACUGGGGGGGGGGGGGGGGAGGUGGCUCCGGCGCGUCUCUCCCUGCCCUCCCGCACGGACCCUCCCAACUUUCCUCCCUGAAGCCACUCUUUCUUUAUUUUUUUUCCCUCUCCUCCCUUUCCCUAUCUAUUGACCUGGCCUUUCUUUCUUCACCUUUAUUAUUUUCAAGAAAUAUUCCCUCACGUCCUUAAGAAUCGUUCAGGAAAACAAUAAGAAUAAACGCUGCGUUUCCUCGCUUUCAGUCAUAAUGUUGAUAUAUCACCGCUUCCCUGGCAGGUAGGAGAAGGAGGAAUUCCGGGAAUUUUCUGCGCAGGUCCUAAUUCAGAUGCGUGACCUCAAGUCAGUAGCUGAUAACCCCCUAUUUCCGAAGUGCUUUUCAGAAUACAGUGUUUCUACAGUUCGGAGGAGAAAUCGUGGGAUCAGAUUUUGCCGUCUUUCACGCAUUCGUCUUUUUGCAACGAAUGUCAAUGUCCUAAACGCCUGUACUGAGGGAAUCAAAUACAAAAUAGAGCCUCUCUUCAGCCCUCUUCCUCAAAAGCUGUUGUUGUUAGGUUUUUUUCUGCAGUUUUCACUCAGACUGCAUCUGUGGGUGCUUCUAUGGGUGUGUGGAUUUUUUCUCCCCUCUGCUUUGCUCAGGUGUAGUUCUUUUUCUACGAGCAGCCUGACAUACAUCCCAUGCUAGGAGACACUGGACUUUGACUGAGAACAGUCCAACAACAGGUAUACUUCUGUGGCAAAGGUGUCAUCAGGCUUAAUACGUUUUUUCGGAGUGGAGCCUGAAAAGGCAAAAGCCGAAUGGUUGUAACGAAUUGUGCGAAACAGUAUGACACACGUUCCUGUUAAUUGAAUUCAAAUUGACCUCAGCGGGGGCCGCCCUGGAAUAA